UUCGACGACCCACCCAAAUGAGUAAGCGGGUGUCCAUCAAAUUUCGAUGGAGGCGUCUUGUACCUCCAUCUUCACGCGACAGGUACAAUCAACAACAUUGUGCCGUUCAACGCUGGCCAUGCGGUUCCUCACGAUGCAGCGCCCACUCGUGGCUGCUGCGGGAUCGUUCUUCCAGAGCGCGACAAGUCGAACAGUGCCAAUUGCCGCCCAGGCCGCGUUGGGCAACGCUGCCCUCGUGCAGGGUGUGAGGUAUGCCUCCGUCAAGUCUCAAGGAGCCUACAAAAAGAAGAGCAAGAGGGGCAUUCCGAAGAAGCUGGGCGCGAAGAGGACCGGCGACCAAUAUGUCAUCCCCGGUAACAUCAUCUACAAGCAGCGCGGUACGCUCUGGUGGCCAGGCGAGAACUGCAUCAUGGGCCGCGACUUCAGCAUUCAUGCCAUGGCGACUGGCUACGUCAAGUACUACCGCGAUCCCCAACGUCAUCCCGACCGAAAGUACAUUGGCGUCACAUUCAACAAGGACGACGUCCUGCCUUAUCCUCAACACGCUGAGCGCCGCCGCCGUCUGGGACUUACAGCGUACCCCAUCAAGCCCACCGUCGAAGAGCCGGAGAUCUCGCCGUCCGGUAUCCCAUACCAAGUGAACCGUGUCGUCAAGGGCGAGCCAGACCGUCUGCUGCGACUGCGCAAAGAUUACAGUUACCGCGAAGACAACUGGAGGAUCGGCCAGUUGGUCAAGACGACCGGUCUCAGAACCAAGCGUUUCCGCACAAGGAAGCAGUACUUCAGGUACAGAGCUUGGAGGAGAGAGCGCGAGAAGAUUGGGCAGGCCAAGUCGGCAGUGAAGAGAGCGGCCAUGGGUGAGGAUCCCAACACGGUCAAGGGCAGGCCCCUCAGCAAGAAGCAACAAAAGGCGGCCAAGAAGAAGCAGAAGGCGAAGAAAUGAUGGAUUGGGCCCCCAGAUAUUGUUGUAUAACACCUUGUUGUAUAUUAGUGGCAUAGACGGCGAGCCAUUGUAAUUUGAUCGUAUUGAAGAGAUGCCGUCCACUGCCCAUUGAAGAACUUGUCUUUGCGCAAGCUUGCACCGAAAUUUUGCGAAGCAUCUCGCCGGAUAGGAGACGCUCAUU